AUGUCUUCGUACACAUAUUCUUUUGACCAGAUUUCGUCGACGCUGCACGAAAAGACGCCUCUUAUAGAGUCGCCGAAGAUUUCUGCUGCUUGUAAUCACCGCGUUCUUCUGAAGCUUGACAAUUUGCAGCCAGCUGGCAGUUUCAAAAUCCGUGGAAUUGGCAAUUUAGUCCAGCGAGGGAUCGAAAAUGGUAAACGCUCUGCUAUUAGCUCUAGCGGUGGAAAUGCUGGGCUUGCGGCGGCAUAUGCAUGCGCUAGAAGCAACAUUCCAUGCCACGUCUUUGUGCCCAACUCGACGCCUCAGUUCGCCGCGGACAAUAUCAAAGAACACGCUGCACAAGUCACCUAUCACGGUGAGAACUGGAACGCCGCGGAUAACGAGGCAAGGCGGCAUUUGACAGAAGAGUCAAUUUACAUUCAUCCUUUUGAUGGCGAAGACAUAUGGAAUGGUCACGCGACCAUCAUCGAUGAGCUGAAAGGGAAGUUAAUUAUUCCGUGA